AUGACACAAGACUACGACAACAAAAGGCCCGUGUUGGUUCUUCAGAAUGACUCUCUCUACUCCCAGAGGCGUCCAUACACCAGUGAAGAUGAAGCCUGGAAGUCCUUCCUUGAAAAUCCCCUUACAGCAGCCACCAAAGCCAUGAUGAGCAUCAAUGGUGACGAAGACAGUGCAGCUGCCCUGGGAUUGCUGUAUGACUAUUACAAGGUUCCCAGAGAAAGAAGGACUUCAACAGCAAAACCAGAUGUCGAUCACCCUGACCAAGAUCAUGGCAAAAGAAACAGCAUCCCAACGGAACAAUCACUCAUCUCUACUGGAGAAAACAGAGUGCAGGUUCUGAAAAAUGUGCCUUUCAAUAUUGUUCUUCCGCACGCUACCCAAAUGGCCAUGGACAAGAGAGGCCAUCUGACGACCCCCGACACCACUGUCACUGUUUCCAUUGCCACAAUGCCCACUCAUUCAAUUAAAACAGAAACACAGCCACAUGGCUUCACUGUGGGCAUCCCUCCCACUGUCUACCACCCCGAGCCCCCCGAACGGGUGGUGGUUUUCGACAGGAAUCUCAACCCUGAUCAGUUUAGUUCCAGUGCUCAGCCUCAGAACUCCCAGAGGCGCACGCCGGACUCCACCUUCUCAGAGACCUUCAAAGAAGGAGUGCAAGAGGUUUUCUUUCCUGCGGAACUAAAUCUGCGGAUGGCCAGCAUGAGUUCAGAGGACUACGUUUUUGACAGCAUUGCUGGGAAUAACUUUGAAUACACCUUAGAAGCUUCCAAGUCACUUCGUCAGAAGCCAGGGGACAGCACAAUGACAUACCUAAACAAGGGUCAGUUUUAUCCGAUCACCCUUAAAGAAGUCAGCAGCAGUGAAGGAGUCCACCACCCAAUCAGCAAAGUCAGAAGCGUCAUCUUGGUUGUGUUUGCCGAAGACAAAACAAGAGAAGAUCAGAUCAGGCACUGGAAGUACUGGCACUCAAGGCAGCAUACAGCCAAACAAAGAUGCAUUGACAUUGCCGACUAUAAGGAGAGCUUCAAUACAAUCAGUAACAUUGAAGAGCUUGCAUACAAUGCCAUAUCCUUCACUUGGGACAUUAAUGACGAAGCAAAGGUUUUUAUUUCUGUAAACUGCCUCAGCACGGAUUUCUCCUCUCAGAAAGGAGUUAAAGGGCUGCCCUUGAACAUUCAGAUUGACACCUACAGCUACAAUAACAGGAGUAACAAACCCGUCCACAGGGCCUACUGCCAGAUUAAAGUCUUCUGUGACAAGGGAGCAGAGAGGAAGAUCAGGGAUGAAGAACGAAAACAAAGCAAAAGAAAAGUUCCCGAUGUCAAAGUGCCAGUGCUUCCUUCCCACAAGCGGACAGACGUCACUGUCUUCAAGCCAUCCCAAGAUCUUGACACUCAGCCAAUUCUUUUUAUUCCCGACCUUCACCAUGCCAAUCUUCAGCGUGGGACUCAUGUCCUUCCUGUUGCACCAGAAGAACUGGAGGGUGAAGGCUCUAAUAUGAAGAGGGGGCCUUAUAUAACUGAAGAUGAUUUUAUUGCACCUCCCAAUAAACUGACCAGAAUAGAGGAACCAAAACGAGUGUUGCUGUAUGUCCGAAAGGAGUCGGAAGAAGUCUUCGAUGCACUUAUGCUAAAGACACCAUCUCUGAAAGGUCUAAUGGAAGCUAUAUCGGACAAGUAUGAUGUUCCUUUUGAUAAAAUUGGAAAAAUCUUCAAGAAAUGUAAAAAAGGAAUCCUGAUCAACAUGGACGACAAUAUUGUGAAGCACUAUUCGAAUGAAGACACCUUCCAGCUACAGAUUGAAGAGGCUGGAGGAUCUUACAAGCUCACUCUCACUGAGAUCUAA